CAGUCCAGUGCCGCCGUUCCAGCUGUUCACAUCUAGAUCGCAGUUCUCCCACCUCAGUUAUCAGUUUAUCAUCCCACCCCACCACCCGCGCUCGCGCCACCACCCUUCUCAUACGCCGAACAAGAGUACUAAAGUUCUUUGUAUCCAGUCUCUGAUCUAUGUGAGCCCUGUUGCCUCCAAAAGUACAAAUGGUUAGUAAAGGUUCUCGCGGCACUAUCUGGUGGCCUGCGGCGGAACUAUGACGGCCAAACUGGUGGCGCCAAACGAGAGCAGCGACCGGAACAACAACACACCCACCGAUACGCUGAUCGGCCAAGAAGCCAGCUCUUCGACUAAUAGGAGCACGGCACGGGCCUGCAGGGGCGGAGCGAACAGAAGAACCGCCAAAUUGGGCCCCGGCCUGCCACUCUCAUCUGUCGGCAUCAGUAAGGACGGCCGUCGGGCCAACAAACCUCUGAUGGAGAAGCGGCGUCGAGCUCGCAUCAACCAGUCUCUGGCUGUCUUGAAAGCUCUCAUUCUUGACUCAGCUAAAAUGGAGAACACAAAACACUCCAAACUAGAGAAAGCUGAUAUCCUUGAGUUGACAGUAAGACAUCUCCAGAGGCAGAAGACAUUGAGCUCUGCCACUCUAGACAAGUACAAGGCAGGAUUCCAGGAGUGCGCCAGGGAGGUCUCAAGGUUUCUUGACUCACCAGAGCUGCAGUUAGGCCCCACAGCUCCCCUGGGCACUUCACAACAGCUGAUAGACCCAGCUAUUAAACAGCGACUGCUGCGACACAUGGACAGCUGCGUCAGCGAGAUCGACCUGGACUUUAGCUUGGCGUCCGCACGUGGCCUUGACCCCGAGACAGACCAAAGGCUCGACCGGUUGGAGGACAUGCUCAUGGGCGGACCUAAGAUACAGACUGAACCUCUGGAGAGUGACGAGAUGACAAAGCCAGACAGCAGCACCAUCUCCCCGGGAGAUGAAAACAACAACAGCCACAACAAGGCAAGACGGAAGCCUUCCUUGACCUCUCGUAACCGCAAACCUGACAAGAAAACAGCUGUCACAUCCAGCAAGUCUGCUGACCCUAGCACAGCCUCAUCCAGCCCUGCCUCUUCCAGUCAACCUAACCUUUCUGUAGUGCAGGUGAUUCCAUCACGUUUGCCUGACGGACAGGUGGUCUUCUUGCUGCCGAGCCACUACGUGCAGGUGCCCCCGUCAGAGCGAGGUCAGGCAGGUGCGGAGGGAGAGGGGGAGGUGCCCACCCCCCACCAGGAUGCCCCAUUGGACUUCAGUGUCAAACGUGAGGACGAACUGCUCCCAGGUGUCAGGAUCAAACAGGAGCUCAUGGAUGCCAAAGAUGAAGACGUUUGGAGGCCAUGGUAAAGAAGCUGACUAGGUCCGAAAGCUUGCUGUUUUUAAAUAAAACCAUACUCCAAAUUAUCAUUAAAAGCUGUUAUAUUUCAGUCCAAGAAGGAAAGAAUUUAAUAAUUGACAAAAGAGGUAAAAAUAUAGACAGUAAAAACCAAUUUAAAAUUCCUUGUGCACAUAAACAUAAUUGGCUAUCGUCAUAAAAAUGUAUUGAUACACUAUAUCAUAUGAAAUUUUUCAUGGGGAGGAAGGAUUGCAUAUGGCCUAAAGAGGCUAAUGGGCCACUGAUUACAACAUAAAUACUGUUCCUAAUAAAUGCUAUAAUGUUAUGUUCCAACUGGAUGGAGACUAUUGUAAGCAAUCAGGCUAUUGCAGGUAUUCAGUUAAAGUUUUUUAUUAAGAAAGUAUUCUAGCACAAUGUUUAGUACAUUUAAUUGUGAUACAAUUGUGUUGUUCAAAGACGAUGGAACUCUAGUACAGCGUGCUAUAUGAAACCUAUCUUUGUAUCCAUAAACUUUACAUUCUGAGCAUUGGUGUGUUACAGUAUUUGAAUAACUAACCAGUUCAAUAUUUCCUGCUUAGAACCUGAAAUUAUCAGCUUGUAGUUUGAUCUAGGAUAUUACACUACCCCAAAGCUUUCGGACUAGAUCAUGGCUGUGUGACAAGACUGUUGCGUCUGUGGUGAAUGUACUUGUAGAACUGUUAAAUACGGAAUUGUCACCGUUUUAAAUACAGUACGGUAGUUCUUCUUUAAUCAUUCUUCAAACAGAAUUGAACAGUUUGCGAAGAAGAGAUGAAGUCUUUUUUUGUGUUAAAUUUACAGUGUUUUGUUUGUUAUAAAACUAAGUGGUGCAAAUUGAAAUAAUUUGGUAGGUUCAAUUCAAUUAGAAAAAAUUUCUUAUAAAAAAUUAAAGAGUUAAUCUUAAAAACUUACACCCAUUGAUAAAAAUCUCUGUUGAAAAUAACAAUAUUAUUCUGUAAAAGAGACAAAACGUUUAAGUGCUACACAUUUUUGUUUUCCUACCCAUAACUGUUUUUCUAAGUAAAUUAGUAUUAGAGGUAAAUAAUACUAUAGCAGUCUAGAAUAUUUGUACUGAAUGUUGAAACUUUGUUAUUUUCUAAUAAAAUGUAAUAUAAACCACUAGAUUAAAUUACAAUUAUUUUAAAAACAAAUACAUAAGAGCGAUUGUAGUUAAGAUCAAGUUUAAAUUAAUAAUAUCUAAUACCUAACAAUUAAAAAAUUACAAACUCUCAUUAUACUAUUUUUUAAAUUUUAACUUCAUGAGUAAAUACUUUUACUAAGUUUAUACGAUAAAACCUUUUUCUAUUCUCAGUUCUUCCAAAACAGUAACAAAUGAUAUAUAUAUAUAUAUAAGAAUAGAUAAUUAAUUAUUAACCCGGAGAUGAAGGAAACUAACAAAAACUUAUUACUUAAUAUUUACUUUAAAAAUUUGGGUAUUUUUAUAGUGACUAAGUGACAACGAAGCUCAAUUUUCAUCAAUCAGGCCUGAGAUGCCCGGGGCCGCAGUAAGCACAUGAAUAUAAAGCUAAAGGUAUAUUUUUAUACCUCAAUUAAUGUAUAGAUGAUCAGUCAUUUAAUGAAUAUGAUUUAAUCAGUAUUUCAAGUAAUCACAAUAAAAAUCAUUGUUAAUUUUCAAUCGAAACAUUUAAUAUAGACAAAAAAUAUCAAACAGUAAAAAAUAUUGUUAAAAAUUAUUGUGCUUCAAUCUGACUAUAACAUUUUCUGCAAUACUGACUAACGAUGCAACAAAAUAUGGAGAUUACAACCUUGUUGUAGAGAGUUUGUUUAUGUUUAGUGAACAUUGUAUUAUACUGUGGACUAUAUAAAAUGCAAGUUCUCAGAAUACAAUUGAACCUAGAGUUUUAAAGGGACUUUCACAAUACAGCCACAGAGUAAAACUCUCCAGGGCUGACUCUAAUACUGAUCGCGAGAGAAAAGAAGAGACCUGGAUUCUGGCCUAUCUGAAAUUUGCAGGCGCUACUACUAGUAUGUUGCCGCGCCUUGUUUCGUAAUUCCAUUAUUGUUUCACUGUUCCAUUGCUAUGA